ACUGAAACUAAAUUAAAAUGGCGGCCAUAACUGUUCUAAAUCGCAGCCGUCAUAUCACAAGAAACUUUCAUAAUCCUUGGAGAAUAUUAAAGGGAAAACGUUUUGUAUCAGCAGGGUUAGAGUUUGAUGACGCCAUUAGCGACAGCAUCCCUGGUUGGGAGGAUGAUAUGGAAGAAAGCAACCAAUCACAUGAUGGAUUUCAGCUUUAUGAGUCACAUAUCCCCACAUCUAUGAUGCAGAAGGUGCUACUGACAACUGGGUCUGCCCUGAUGGCAUUGUACAAUCCAGCAAGAGCAGAUAUGGUGGCAACACUAGGAGAGACAACAGGAUUCUUAGCACUUAUGAACAUGCACAAAAAAAUGCAAGCAGAUGCAGUUGGACAAGAGAUAUUACAAGAACGUCCUCGCAUAAACUCAUCCAUAAUAGACAUGACUAAGCUUCGACAACUUCCUGAUGGAUCAUUUGGAAGAGAAUAUGCCAGAAAUAUGGACACUUAUAAAAUUACAGCUGACAGUAGAGAUGAGGUGAAGUAUGUUGAUGACAAAGAUCUUGCCUACGUAAUGCAAAGAUAUAGAGAAGUUCAUGACUUUGUUCACACACUGGCUGGCUUGUCCAUAAGUGUACCACAUGAAAUAGCUGUGAAGUGGUAUGAGAUGAUUCAAACAGGCCUCCCAAUGUGUGCCCUCAGCUCAUUUGUAGCUCCAAUUCGACUUACAGGGAGACAGAGGGCAGAACUAAGGAAGUACUACAUUCCCUGGGCUGUUUAUUGCGGAUAUCAAUCCAAGUUCUUUCUAAAUGUUUAUUUUGAAAAACACUUUGAAGAGCCUAUAGAUGAACUGCGACAAAGAAUGAACUUUGUUCCCGCUCCAAAAAUACCAAAGAAACCUGUGUAAAACAGAUUUCUCUGUGUAAAAUAGAGUUGUGCCUUCAGUGCAACUACUUUUCAUGGGGUCAUUUUCACAAAACUGACCAAUCCAGUGAAUUUAAAAAACAUUAUUUGUUCCCUUUGCAUGUUUUUGUGCUGAGCACAGAGUUGCACAAUUGCAAUCAUUGUUUGGUUUCUUUCGUUUAAGUGACCCCCAUAGCAGUAAAGUACUAAGAAUAUAUUUAGGUAUCUCCAAAAAUUUUGAUAGGGACACCGUUGGGACCAGCGCAAGUGUCCCCUGGACAGAGGUUGAGCUGGGCUAUGUUAAUAAUUAAUAAGCAAAAAGAAAACAAAUUUUUUUGUUAUUCUAGCUUGAAGAUGCACUGGAGUCUUUAUUUCAAGCAGCUAGAUAAUUUAUUUAAAAAAAAACACGAUUAACAAAACUCUCUGCGUUAUUAUAUGUUGAAUUUCCACAUUUCAGUACAUUGAUUGAUAGAUCAAGAACUUGGCAAUCAACAUCAAACAGCCAAAGUAUAUGUGGCCAACUUAAAACCAAUGACUAUGCCGGAAUGAGCGAAACCUGGAAACUUAUUCCAUAAUGUAACACGUAACGAGCACUUAACUUUCCGUGAAAUCUCCGUUUCUGCGUCGAUCAAUUCGAAACUUCAACAACCCCACCCCCUCUCCUGGGCAUUUUAACUUUUUAAGAUUGGAUCUUUCAAAUUUCCCCCCCCCCCCCCCCCCGGCCAAAAUUAUCCUUAAAUUCUCCACCCAAACGCCGGAUUCGAUCGUCAAUUGUUUUGUAAAAUGCAAGAUUAACGACCCUAACUUUCUCGUAGACCUUUUCUUCUAAGCCAUCUGCUUGCGAAAGUAAACUUUUUACCUUUAAACACCUACACAUUUAACGAUAAAACAUGUGCAUUCUGCUGGAAAGACUUGUCAGUUCUGCUUCAAAUUCUCCACCCCCUGGGCAGGAACGUCAUUCAGAUACCUGUGGGUUCCCCGGGGUAAAUGUAGAAGUUUCGAAUUGAUUGGGGCUUCACAGUCGGAAUAAAGAGUUACUCGUGUAUACCAUACGAUACGCGAUACAAAACUAGAAGUUUCGAAAAUUACUAAAAUAACAUUGUAAUUGGUUGAAAUAAUAACUGAUAGCACAGGUGGCAUUAUGAGUUUAUAAUAAAGAGAUGUAACUUUAUAUUCGGAAUUCAUUAAACAAACUGCAAUCAUA